UCACUACGGGCGCUGAGUUGAAGCGUGUUCGCUGGCUCCAACCUCCCUCGCUAGCUGGCUCCGACUGUCUACGACGGCGAAGCAGAGCGGCGAGCAGAGGAGAGCUGGCGUCUCGCGGAUACGAAGCUGAGAUUGUACCGUGAUACUCGAUCAAGUUAAUGCUUGCGUGGGAAACGUGCUGCCGCUCUGAUAUCCCCCCCUUUCCCCCUUUCAACCCCUAUGAUGACAUACUAAUCUCCGCAGCCCUUGGAUCCGGCAUUCUCUUCGCUUACCCCCAGCUUGCGACGCUGGCUGGCGUCCAGGGCGUGAUUGUUUACGCCCUAUCUUCGGCUCUGCCCUUGCUGAUCUUCGCUGCGCUGGGCCCCAUUAUCCGCCGCAAAUGCCCUCAGGGGUUCGUCCUCACGGAGUGGACCAGGCAGCGGUACGGGACCGUCGCGGCCCUGUAUCUCAGCUUCAUGUCACUGGUCACGCUAUUUUUGUACAUGAUCUCGGAGCUGUCUGCCAUCGGCCAGGUGGUCAACCUCCUAACGGGGAUUGACGGGCUGCCUGUCUUGAUCGUGGAAUGUAUCGUCACGACCAUCUACACCUCCGUUGGAGGGUUCAAGGUUUCCUUCUUCACGGACAACAUCCAAGGAGCAAUGGUCAUGGGUCUGAUCCUCAUCGCCACCAUCACCAUCGGCGUCGAGACCAAGAUCGACACCAGCCUGAUCGAGUCCUCCGGCCUGACCAAGCCCAGCCUCCUCGGAUGGCAACUCCUCUAUAUCCUCCCCGUCGCCAUCCUAACCAACGACUUCUUCCUGUCCCACUUCUGGCUCCGCACCUUCGCCUCCAAAACCGACCGGGACCUCUGGCUGGGCAUCUCGGGCGCCGUGGUCGGCGUGCUGGCGAUCGUAACCCUAGUCGGCUCGACGGGCCUGGUCGCGGCGUGGGCGGGCCUGUGGCCGGGUACCGAGGAGGCGCCCGUCGACGGCUCCGUCGCCUUCUUCGCCCUGCUCAUGCAGCUGCCCAACUGGGUCGUCGGCGUCGUCGUCGUCAUGGCCGUCACCCUCUCCACCGCGGCCUUUGAUUCCUUCCAGUCGGCCAUGGUUACGUCUGCGUCGAAUGAUCUGUUCAGGAAUAAGUUGAAUAUCUGGUGGAUUCGGGCGGGUGUGGUGUUGGUCAUGAUCCCGGUCGUGGUCAUUGCCAUUCGCGCGCCGUCUAUCUUGCAGAUCUAUCUGAUUUCUGACUUGGUCUCCGCGGCGACCAUUCCGGUGUUGGUUAUUGGGCUGUCGGAUAAGUGCUACUGGUGGAGGGGGUUUGAGGUGGUGGUCGGUGGGCUGGGCGGGCUCUUCACGGUGUUCUUGUUCGGCACGGUUUACUACGGGGAUGCGCAGCUGGGCGCCGAGUUGAUGCUGCUGCAGCAGGGGCUGUACACUGCCGACUGGGGUGUCUUUGGCGCCUUCGUGGCGGCGCCUGUGGGCGGCAUCCUCUGGGGGUUUGGUGCGCUGGUCCUGCGGCUUGGGAUUCAGUACGUCCGGGCCCGGGCUAAGGGGGAAAGGUUCGAUGGUCUUGACCGCCCGGUUGAGUUCGGUGGGCCGCAGCUGGACGAUUUCGAGGGUGACAGGGAUGAUGGACUUCGCGAUGAUAUUGAGAGCUCUUCUGACGCUCCCGGUAUUGCAAAGUCUACUGGCAAGUUCUUCUAGACGGAACAGUGGUGGUGAGGGGAUAGGGGUCUUUUUGGAGACACCAACGGGGAGGCCAUCGUACAUUAGCGAGCAGCCGUAACUGUGUUGUUACAAAGGUGGCCAAUAACCUCGGCAUGACUUGUUGGCAAAAGGUUGUUCGGGAAAUACGAGUUCUCGUAGUACAUCCCACCUGUUACCCUUUGUGGUGAACCCCCACCCCAAUUCGCAGGCUUGUUUGAAACAAGUGUUGUUUUUGUG